UUUAAAUCGAGCGCUCUCACACGUUUCCUCGAUUUCUCCUUCCGUGGUUGGUUAAUAUUGUUUCUUCCUCUCCGGCGACGAUCUCAGAUUCCGCUCAUUUUUCCCGCCACCUGACACUUCUCUCUCACUGUUCGUUCCGUAUUAUCGUCAUUUCUUUCCUUUUCAGCGCCAAACCACCAUGAAUCCUGAGUAUGAUUAUUUGUUUAAGCUUUUGCUUAUCGGAGAUUCUGGUGUCGGCAAAUCAUGUCUCCUUCUGAGGUUUGCUGAUGAUUCAUACCUUGACAGCUAUAUCAGUACAAUUGGAGUUGACUUUAAAAUUCGAACAGUGGAACAAGAUGGAAAGACCAUCAAACUUCAAAUAUGGGACACAGCUGGUCAAGAACGUUUCCGUACUAUCACUAGCAGCUACUAUCGUGGUGCUCAUGGCAUUAUUGUUGUUUAUGAUGUCACUGACCAAGAGAGCUUUAACAAUGUCAAGCAGUGGUUGAAUGAGAUUGACCGUUAUGCUAGUGAAAAUGUCAACAAGCUUCUAGUUGGUAACAAGAAUGAUCUCACAGCAAAUAAAGUGGUGUCCUACGAGACAGCAAAGGCCUUUGCAGAUGAAAUUGGGAUCCCCUUCAUGGAAACUAGUGCUAAAAAUGCCACCAACGUUGAGCAGGCUUUCAUGGCCAUGGCUGCAGAAAUUAAGAACAGAAUGGCUAGCCAACCAAUGAACAAUGCCAGGCCCCCAACAGUUCAGAUUAGAGGACAACCAGUGAACCAGAAGUCCGGUUGCUGCUCAACCUAGACAUGGGCAAAAAUAUAUCCUGCAGAGGUAAAUUGUUUUGCUUACUGUGUCCAUGGUUUCCUUCCUCUGUCCUAACUGCAUCAAUGUUACCCUCAGUAUGAGGCAUUGAUCUCGAAGUGCUGAUUUAAACUCACAUGAAUAUCUGCACGUAUGGUAUUUGGAAGCAUGAAUAGUUUGCAAGCAUAAAUAAUCUGAAGGUUAACCCCAGUGUUUUGGUAUUUAAUAAUCUGAAUUGAAUAAAGUGUGGAUUAUUUUUUUUCUUCUAUGGGCGGGCUGCAUAAAUAGUACUAUAUGCUACUGA